AUGGCGGCGCCACAGGCUGCGGCACACGAACGAGCCUCUCCCGGAGCCGCCUCGGCCGCCGGCAGCCCCCGCGCCCCGCUCCGCCGGAACCGAGCGCUCGGCUGCGGCGGCGCCGCGCGGCACCCUGGGACAGCUGGCGCGGCGGGGGCGCAGUGCACGCUGGGAGCUGUAGUCGCCGGAAGUGCCUUUUGGCCCCACCCCCGCGGGACGGUUCCCGCUCGCUCCCUGCUGCCCGAGCGGCGGCUCCCGGCGGCGGCGGCGGCUCCGGGCGGCAUGGGGCAGAAGCGGCUCGGGCCGGCGGGAGCCCGGCGGGGGGCAGGCAGCGGCGAGGCGCCCGCGUCCACCAGCCUGCCGCCGCUGGUGGCGGGUCCGGUGCGCUGCUGGCUGCGCUGCACCGUGCCCAGGGUGCUGUGGAGCGUGCCCCGGGCGCCCGCCGCCGUGCUGGUGCGGCUGCGCUGGUGGGGGGAGACCUCGGACGGGACCGUGUUCCAGCCUGCCGCCCGGCCGGGACAGGCGGCGGGGAGGACCCGCGCCCGCUACGCCGUGCGCUGCGGGGCCAGGCAGUUCGCCGCCUACCUGACAGGUAGAGCCGCUUGGGCGGGCAGGGGAGGGCUGGGGCUGCGCGGAGACCCCCCCGAGAACCGCCGGGUUCUGCCCUCGCUGAUUGACCGCACCGAGCUCCCUGCCCCGGGCAGGAGGGCACCGAGGGCAAGGGCUGGCACCCGCCCGCGGCGGCCGUGGGCAGCGCUGCGCUCCCCCUGCGCCGGCUGCUGCAGUCCGAGCGGCUCAGCCUCCGCACCGAGCUGCCUGUGCGGGGCCGAGAGGGGCAGCCCCGGGUCGGGCCGCUGCAGAGACCCAAAGGUUGCCCAGCUGCUGCUCCAGGCUCAGUACCCAGUGGUGGCUGUGGACAGCUACAUGCCCGUGGUGGAUGUCUUCACUGGCAGCAGGAGUGGCAGCCUGAAGGUGCUGCUGGCCAUGGGCUCAGCUCAGCAAAUCCUGGCCCUGCAGAGGCUCAAAGCUGAAGAAGGAAACGUCCCUGCAGUGCCACAGUGCCCAAACCACAGCCUGCAGCCUGCUCCCCUGGAGCCCAGCAUGUCAGAGGCAGCAGGGGAAGGAGUGAUGCUGGAGCACCUCUUUGAGAUCCACGUGGAGAGCAUGAAAGGCCUCAGUGCCCUGCAGAGCACAGUCUGGGGAGAGGCUGACUGCUAUGUCCAGUACCACUUCCCAGUCCAAGGACCUGUUCCUGGGCCACUGCAAGGAGCUGAAUGGCCUGAGGAUGGCGUCCAGCUGAAGCCAUUCUGCACUGCCACCACCCUCUGUGUCCCUGACCCCAUCUUCCACGCUGAGCAUCACCAUUCCUUCCUGCUUCCUGCUGCUGUUCCAGUCCAGAAGCUCCUGGUCACUGCCUUUAUGGCACCAGGAGGGGCUGGAGGAGGAAUCCAGUUUGAAGUUUGGUGCAGGUAUUACUACCCAGAGCUCAGGGAGCAGCUGGUGGCCAGAGGGAGCCUGCCCCUGUCCCGGCUCUGCGCCAUGGUCACCAAGCAGCACCGGGAGGACGUUGGGAUGCAAACCUUCAGCCUGCCACUGCUGCCCAGCACUGAGGCCUCAGAGGGCUUCCAUCUCAGGCCUUCAGGCUUGCUUGACGUGAGUGUGAGGUACCAAAGAUGCAGGAGAGGAGGAGCAGGAACAUCUCGAGGUCAAGCUGUGGUCCUCUGUGUGCAGAUCCACAGAGCUGCUGGGCUGCAGGCAGCAGCCAGCCCCUGAGGCAGCAAGAGAUUACCUCCUGGGGACAGUGGCAGUGCCAACCAGGGACCUGCUGAGGCGAAGCUCAGGUAUUUCAGGCUGGUUCCCCCUGGCCCUCCCUGAGGAUGUGAUGCCCUCCAGCCUGGUGCAGGCCAUCGUGGGAGGCCUGGAGGUCUCUGUCACCUUUGCUCACCCGGGGGACCGCGGCCGCGUCCUGGAGGCUGCCAGGCUGCUGGGCUGGAGCCAGGAAAGCCUCGAAGAGCCCAUGGGAGACAGUGAGGAGUGGGAGCAGAGUGCCCAGCCCGUGGUGCUCACCAUCUCGACCCCCAGGCUGUGGCUGCCAGUCCACUGUGUGCUGCUGGCAGGCCAGAAGAGCCUGGAUCCAGACUCCUGUUGCUACCUCAGGUACAAGCUCUACGACCAGGCAGCCACUUGGACAUCUCCUGAGAGGCCCAGGAGGAGUAAGGACACUGAGAAGGUGACAGUGAGCUUCAAGAAGCCCAAGAAGGUGACCCUGAGGAGGAGCCCAGGACUGCUUUGGUUCUUGAGAGAGGAGAAAUUGGAGAUCCAGGUGUGGUGGUCCUGGGGGAGAGGAGGAGGUGGGGAGAGGCCUCUGGGCACCGAUCGCCUGCUGGGCUCAGCCUACGUUGACCUCUCGACGCUGGCAGGGAGGUCCUGGACAGCACAGAGUGUCAGUGGUAAGCUCCUGGAGGACCUUGGCAUGGCCUUCAUCAGCCCCCAGGGCUUGGAGAAGGGUGGCUGGGGGCUGGGCAUCAUGGUAGAGAGAGGAGCACCAAGGAGGUCAUCUCCCAGCAGGGCUGCGGUCGGCUGGGGACAACCUUCUGGGCAGGAGGUGUUGGGGCAGGACCAGGAGUGGUGGUUUGGAGCUCAGGGAGACAGAGACUGGAGAGAGGGGAGAAGCUCUUCACCAGGGUGAUGGGGAGAGCCUGGCACAGAGAGGUGGCAGCUGCCCCCUGGCUGGCGCCACCCCAGGGCAGGUUGUUAGGGGCUGUGAGCUGCCUGCUCUGGCUGGGGCUGUCCCUGCUGGCUGCAGGGAGGUUGGACUGGGUGGGCUUGAGAGGUCUCCUCCCACCCAAACCAGUUUGCUUUGGGCAGGGUCUGUUGGGACAGGCCAAGGGGGGAUGGUUUGGAGCUCCAAGAGGGAGAUUCAGAGCAGAGAGAAGGGAGAAAUGUUUGACCACCAUGAGGGUGCUGAGAGCCUGCGCCAGGCUGCCCCUGGCUGGCACCAUCCCAGGGCAGGUUGU